CAGGCUGUUGUCGUUGGUAGAGCCCUGCGGAUAUUGCAUAGCAUCUUACAGAACUUUCUCACUCAUGUAACCAGGUCUAACCAAAGUGUAACCUCAGGGACAAUGUUUCUGUUGAGACAUAUGUUGACAAUAACAUGGAAAUGGAGAGGAACAAUCAAGAACACAGUUCUGCUUUGCUGAAUGUGCCUGACCCAGAGGAAGAUGGGCUUCACAUUGGAAACAUGUUUCUUCCUUCUACAUUCUGGACUCCAUUCUUUAGUGGAGUGCUACAAAUUGCGCUAAAAUAUUCGGAAGAGGGUAUUCGUGUUGAUGCAUUAUCCAUAAUGAUCCUCAUUGUAAGGACUAGUGAUUCCAACCGGGAGCGUGAAAAAUUUGGAUUUAUUUCUGUAAUGGAAAUCUUGCAUCAGUUGCUGCAGAAAGAGAAUGCAUUGCUCGUAAAGAAGCAUUCUGUGCAUCUACUUUUCUUGCUUUUGAACUGCCCUAUGAUGUUGAAGAUGCUUUGCAGUGGAGGUAAAGAUGGUUCUGAACUGAUGGAAACUGUUGAUGUGAAAAUGAACCACAACAAGCUAUCAACUCAGUUCUCAAGGACUUGUCUGAAUGUUUGACUUGUGAAGCAACAACUUCUCUGGUUGAUAUGACUACCUACUAAUCAGAUGGUUGCGAGUGCAUACAAAUAAGUAUUGAUAUUGUAUGGUUGUUUGCGAGAGUGGCGGACACUACUUUGAUCCUUUGACAGAUAGUUCUUCAUAAUGUGAUAGUGUAUAGGCCUUCUUCCUGGGGACCUACUGCUCAACUACUACACUCCUUGGCUGCUAUCGACCAAAAUUUUCACAAAUCUGUCUACAUGUUUUGUUUCUAUAUAUUUACAAAUAUCCUAUCAAUACAUUUUUAAAA